GGAAAAAUUAAAAAAUAAUAUUAAUAAAAUAUAUUAAAAAAAUUUAAAAAUAAAUAAAUAAAUUAAUUAAUUAAUUAAUUUAAAACAAAAAGAAUUAAAAGAAGAUCACAGACAUGCUGACAAACAAGGUCACUACCCCAGCAACUGGCCGACUCGCAGCACCUCGGAGCGCGCGCAGUUUAAUGUACGGAAACAGGAGCCUGGUGAGUCGGCAGAUAGCUUUAUAACAUCAAUACAUAAACUGGCUGAACACUGUAACUUUGGAGUGCUUCGGGAGGAGUUAAUACGUGACCGCAUAGUAGUAGGGAUAAGGAAUAUCGCUCUGUCAGAGAAGUUACAAAUUGAUGCGGAUUUAACCUUACAAAAAGCCAUAAGCCAGGUUAAACAGUCAGAGGUAGUUAAACAGCAACAGGCUGUGAUGAGGGGUGAAUCUCCACAGGCAGAGGAGAGGAGAGAGGUUGAUGCUAUCUCACGUGCAUUUAGAAGACAGGAAAUGCAGGGACACAAACAACACGGCCAGGACUGCAACCGUUCCACACCGGCUUCAAUGAAGAAGUACUUCUUCCUCUGCAUCCCCUGCGUUCUAACGCUGGGUCUUCUUUACAACUGGGUGAAAGGACCCUUGUCGCCAGCUGCUUUCUUCUUUGACAACUCAGGGCAAUUCAACGUGACCAUCCUGCUGUGGCACUGGCCAUUUGGCAAAACUUUUGACCUCCACGGGGAUGUGUGCUGGGACCUCCACAAAAUCCCAAACUGCAGAGUCGUGGCGCAGAGGUCCUUGUUUUUGGAAGCGAACGUGGUGGUGUUCCAUAACCGAGAGCUGGUAACAGGAAAGGAGAAACUUCCCUUGGAGCUUCGGAGGCCGCCGGGCCAGAGGUGGGCUUGGAUGUCUCUGGAGUCCCCAGUGCAUAACAGGGACCGAAGCAGAUUAGCUGGUGUGUUCAACCUCACCAUGAACUACAGGAGGGACGCAGAUGUUAGUAUACCAUACGGUGUGUUUUUACCACGAGACUCUGAAGAUCCAGUAGAGGACAUUCCACAGAUUAAAACUGAUCUGGUCUGUUGGGUGGUUAGCAACUACCAGAAUUCCCACAGAAGAAGCAAAGUGUACAAAGAACUCAGCGCUGUCAUUCCUGUAAAGGUCUAUGGACGGUGGUCAAAAAAUUAUCUUGCUUCCGAAGACCUUCUUCCUACAAUAUCUCGCUGCUACUUCUAUUUGGCCUUCGAGAACAGCGUCUCCAAAGACUACAUCACGGAGAAACUGUGGUGGAAUUCUUACAAAUCUGGGGCAGUUCCGAUCGUCCUGGGACCACCGGUGGCGGAUUACGAGGCUGUGACACCGCCGCACUCUUUCAUCCACGUCGACGAGUUUGCAUCUGUGAAAGAACUCGCCGAGUAUCUGCAGCAGCUGUCGGGCGACGCCGAGCGCUAUGGCGAGUAUCUGCGAUGGAGGAAGGACUGGAAGGUGCAAAUAUACGAUUGGCCCCGGAGACUGUGUCAGAUCUGCUUGCAGUACCCCAGCUUCCCUGAGCACAAAGUCUACACUGACCUGGCAGCCUGGGAUAACGCUGCAUAGAAGCAACAUAGGUCCAGGCAGGAAACAUGUAUCCCACAUGACAAAGUUGUGUUUCCCGAAAUUUCCCGAGCUUAACUUCCCGUGGUAAAUUUCCGGAAAGUUUCCGGCAAUUUACUGGAAACUUUCCACCCCUUUGCAUCCCUACACACAGAUGUAAAUAGUCAGCUAAACAAUUGGAGUAGUCUUUAAAAAUAUUUAACUGAUGGACAAAUGAAUAGAAAUAGGCCUGACUGGAUGAAGUCAUUGGGCUCAAAUACUAGUGUGGCCUCAAUAGCCCUGCUGUCGUGUGCUGGGAAUGAUCUGUGCAUGUGAUGGAGGAAUGCACAGUGCAGGGCUGAAAGUCAACUGAAUUUGCAUUAAAUCAGGUUGUUUUAGCUAAUAAUCAUGCUGCAAGAUCUAGCAUGUUGCAUUCAAUGUUUAUUCCCAUUAAUUCCCGUUAAUUCCCAUGGAAAGUUUCCAAUCCUGGAAUUUUGCAACCCUAUCUUUGUGUGGCAUUGCAUUAGUGUUUUACACACUUCUCAUCUUAUUCUACAGAAUAAGACGGACGGUGUCCAACUUUGAAUGAUCAAAAAAAUGGUCAAAAUUUCCAAUUUUCCCGAGCUUAACGUCCCGUGGUAAGUUUCUGUAAACUUUCCGGAAACUUUCCACCCCUUUGCAACUCUAAUCCAGACUCUCACCAACUUGUAACAAAGUGGCACUGCAAACUAUCGAAGUGAAUGAAUUAACAUAUGGAGAAAGCAAACCACCAAGUUUAAUUAAAUAGUGGUAUUUCAGUUUGGAGCACAUGAUAAGAUAAAGCCCCUUAGUUUGAUAUUCGCAGGUGGAUUGGAAAAGAGGCUCUAAUUGGGACUUCGGAAUGCAAAAGUGAUAACCCUAUCCUUGAGAAAAGACUACCUGUCUAGCUCAACGCCAACAUUUGAGUUAUGACUUAACCUCUAAAGGCUUAGUGGCCACAUGCGUGGACAGCACCUUUUAGCUCUUAUUUCCAAAAUUGUGUACACUACUGAAUUGGGGUCUUAUGGCCACUUAUGUGGACACUUAUCUGGUGGUGUCAGAAGAGUAUAACAUACAAUGGAAUUUGGAAAAAAAAAAAAAAAGUAAAAAUAAGAAUUAGCAUGUCACUAAACAUGAAGUACACGUUUGUGUACUUAUGGACUAAGUACAUCAUAUCACAAGAUGAUUCUUAGUUUUUAUUCUAAUUAGGGUCCAAUAAGCACAAAUAGCGAAGAGAAAUUAAAAUGUCAUGGAAUAGAUAUGGUAACGAUAAAAAAGGUUAUAGAAGACAUUUCAGAACCUCUGACAUAUAUCACCAACGCAUCAUUUUUAACCGGCAAAUUCCCUGGCAUAAUGAAAAUGGCAAAAGUCAUACCAAUUUAUAAGAAUGGAGACGUACACCAGUUUACUAACUACAGACCAGUUUCAUUACUUCCACAAUUCUCCAAAAUCAUGGAAAAAUUAUUCAAUAGUCGAUUAGAUUUAUUUAUUAACAAAAGUGGGACGCUCGUGGAGAACCAAUAUGGAUUCCGAGCAAAUAUCUCAACAUCAAUAGCAUUAACCAAAACAACAGAGGAAAUGACCAAUGCCAUAGAUGGUAAAGAAUGUGCGGCCGCAGUAUUCAUGGACUUAACAAAAGCAUUUGACACAAUUAAUCAUGAUAUUUUAAUACGAAAAUUAGAACGAUAUGGCAUCAGAGGUUUGGUCUUGAAGUGGGUAAGAAGCUAUUUAACCAACAGGAAGCAAUAUGUGAAGGUGGGUGAAAAUAUGUCAACACGGCUAGAUAUAUCCUGUGGUGUACCCCAGGGAUCAAUGCUGGGACCAAGAUUGUUCAAUCUUUAUAUAAACCACAUUUGUAAAGUUACAAAGGACUUAAAGGGGAACAUUAUCACAAUUUCAGAAGGGUUAAAACCAUUAAAAAUCAGUUCCCAGUGGCUUAUUAUAUUUUUCGAAGUUUUUUUCAAAAUUUUACCCAUCACGCAGUAUCCCUAAAAAAAGCUUCAAAGUGCCUGAUUUUAACCACCCGUCCAUUUUCCUGUGACGUCACAUAGUGAAGCCAACACAAACAAACAUGGCGCAUAGAACAGCAAGCUAUAGCGACAUUAGCUCGGAUUCAGACUCGGAUUUCAGCGGCUUAAGCGAUUCAACAGAUUACGCAUGUAUUGAAACGGAUGGUUGUAGUGUGGAGGCAGGUAGCGAAAACGAAAUUGAGGAAGAAACUGAAGCUAUUGAGCCAAAUCGGUUUGAACCGUAUGCAAGCGAAACCGACGAAAACGACGCGACACGGGAGAAAGCGAGGACGAAUUCGGCGAUCGCCUUCUAACCAACGAUUGGUAUGUGUUUGUUUGGCAUUAAAGGAAACUAACAACUAUGAACUAGGUUUACAGCAUAUGAAAUACAUUUGGCAACAACAUGCACUUUGAGAGUGCAGACAGCCCAAUUUUCAUCAAUUAACAUAUUCUGUAGACAUACCCUCAUGUCAGCAGGCCAGGGAAGCUAGGGUCGAUAUUCUUCUCUUGAUCAUCUUCGGUGGCAUAAGGGACGGUGUGAGCCAAGACAUCCAGGGGGUUUAGCUCGCUCGUCUGCGGGAACAAACUGCCGCCAUUGCUUGCCGUGCUACCGAGGUCCUUUGCCCCUGAAUUGCUCACACACUCCGGCAGAUUCAAUGGGGGUCUGGCGGCAGAUUUCUUUGACUUUAUCGUUGGAAAUGCAUCUGCUUUGAGUGUCGCAGGAUAUCCACACAUUCUUGCCAUCUCUGUCGUAGCAUAGCUUCCGUCGGUAAAGUGUGCGGAACAAACAACUGACCAUUUCGUCGGCUUUCCCCACACCCUCGUAUUUUGAACAAAUUUCGUCCAAUUUCUUGCCACUUUCGCAUCUUUGGGCCACUGGUGCAACUUGAAUCCGUCCCUGUUCGUGUUGUUACACCCUCCGACAACACACCCACGAGGCAUGAUGUCUCCAAGGUACGGAAAACAGUCGAAAAAGCGAAAAAUAACAGCUGAUUUGACUCGGUGUUUGAGAAAAUGGCGGAUUGCUUCCCGAUGUGACUCUCCGAGAGCGAAUAUUAGAAAGGCGUUUAAUUCGCCAAAGUUCACCCAUUUAGAGUUCGGAAAUCGGUUAAAAAAAUAUAUGGUCUUUUUUCUGCAACAUCAAGGUAUAUAUUGACGCUUACAUUGGUCUGUUGAUAAUGUUCCCCUUUAAAAAAACUGAUGGUUUGGCUUCUCCAAGUUAGGAGUCCUUCAUUGUCCGGGUACUGCAGACCUGCUUAAUGAGGCUCGCUUGUAAUAAAGCUUUGGAUCCAGCCGCACUGACCAGGAGGGGCUGACAAGACCACUUCGCUAUGUUUUGCAUGUUUUUUUCUACAGCCAAACGUCACGCUUCGGUGGUGAUUUUGCGCGCAAAAAAUAGUUAACACUUGAAUACUCUAGGGAUUGACUUCUGUUGCUGUUUUUGUUUGUUUUUUUUACAUUAAAAAAAAAAAAAAGCAAAUUCUGCAAGUGCCAAAAAACAAGAUUGCAUCUUUCUUCUCUUGUCGAAGAGAACUUUGCACGUCCUGUUCGCCGUUCUUUUGGAUCGACCCAACAAUGUUUUCUGCAGUGCCGUUAUAAAAUGAAUAUAGUGUACUUUCUGAAUGAUUCAAAAUACGCCUACCAGGCGUGUGGAGGGAUUUGAAACAUUUCCUGCCACUUUGUUGCACUUCCUGUGUGUUUGCCAGCCCGGAACUGCUGCUUGUCAUCCAGAGAGUCGAAUGGAGGGAAAAGUGAUCAAUCUUUGAAUAAUGACUUGAAUGUAUCAUUGAAGAUUUGAAUAAAACCCAAAAAUGAGG